AUGUCCAGCGUCACUCUUCACGUGUAUGACCUCAGCCACGGCAUGGCGCGCCAACUGUCGCCUGCUCUACUGGGCAAGACCAUUGACGGUGUAUGGCACACUGGCGUGCUGGUCUUCGAUAAGGAGUAUUUCUUUGGCGGCGGCGGGAUCCAAGCCAUGGCCCCGGAGCUCGUGGCCCAGCGCUACGGCAUGCAACCCGUGCGUACGAUUGUUCUGGGGCAGACGGGACGGACGCAGCUGGAAUUCGAGCACUUUCUACGCUCUAACAGCGUCCGGUUUACGGACACUACGUACGACUUACUGCAGCACAAUUGCAACAACUUUUCCGACGAAGCAGCGACGUUCCUCGUUGGCUCGGGCAUUCCCCAGUACAUUCUGGAUCUGCCGAACGAGGCGCUGAAUUCGCCAUUUGGUGCGAUGCUGAGACCGAUGCUGGAGAACAUGAACAACCAGAUGCAUGCUGCACCAGGAGACGGGCUGUUUUCCAUCCCGUUCAACGACCCAUCACGUGCUACUGCUGCUGUGCCAUCAGCACCGGCAUCAGCUUCGGCUGCUGCGUCAGAAGGUCUGGCCUCGCGUCGCUUUAAAAUUGCCGGAGCACCGGCACUUUUCUUGGACAAGAUGGUGCAGCGCAUUGGCGAGUUGAAUGCCGAGCAGCACGUGGUAACUGAGGACGAGAUGGCGGCGCUCGAUGUGCUGGUGGCCCAUGUGGCAGCAGAGAAGACUGACCAGGAACUCGAGUCGACCACGACGGAAGCAUGCUGGACGACGGUCAACAAGUUGGUCGCUCGUGGGCACGAGUCGGCGUUCUUCUUCCCCGCUCUGGGGCUGCUUCGAGUGUUGCUGCUGCUCCCGCCGCCAGCUCGUGCUCUUGCAGCUGCAGCUGAGACGAAAACGUGCUUUGAAGCCGUGGUGCGGGAGACGGAAGCGGAAUCGCUGCGGUUGACAGCUGCGCAGAAGACGCUGCUCUUAUCGGUCCUGCUCAACGCCUUUGCCAAUGCUGGCAGUUGCGACGUGGCGCUCGUCAGCUCGCCACGGUUUCUCCCGUUCGUCUUCACCUCGAUCAGUGACUCAUCAACGAGCGACGACGCGCGUGUGCUAAGUGCGCAUAUCGUCAGCAACUGCUGCUUGGCAUUGACAGCUGGUGCAGAAGAGGUGCUGAUCACGACACUGGUCUGUGGCGCAGUCGAGACGCUCGAUCGAGUCUCGAAACUCUCGUCGCUGUCCGUGCAGCAGCAGACGAUCGAAGGCAUAAUCGUCGGACUCGGGCGCUUGCUGUUCAACUUUGAAGCUGCUCGCAAUCUCUCGAUGGAUCUCGGUCUUGCUGAAGUGCUUCGUCGUCUCCAUUUGUCACCGAGCUGCCAGGCGAUGCAGCCCCUGCUGUCAGAGAUUGUGGCCUUGAUCUAG